CCGCCCCCCGGGCCGCUGUGCUGACACCUUUGUGACAGCCGUGAAGGCAAAAAUUCCUCCUGGGAGCGUUUGGGGGGUGGGGAAUUGUGGUUUUCCCCGGUGCCACGCGUGGAUUUGCCCCAUUCGCCUCCGGUUUAGCCUUGGACAAGCUGCAGCAGUGACCUGGAUUCCCUUCUGUGCAGAGCUUUCUGUAACUCUGCUGCAGAUACUGGUCUUCAGCGGCCUCCCAGCAGCAGCAGCAGCAGCAUGCAGUCCUGUGAGCGAUACGGAGCUGAGAUGUGGCACGCUUUGAUUUGCACAAUCUUUUUUCUCUUGAGAAGAAGCCAGAGGAGACAUCUUUAGUCCACUGGCCGCACGCACAGUAGGCUUGUAGGGCUGGUAGGUGGAAAUCUGUCUUCAGGGGGUUGUGAUAUCACUCACUAUCACCGUAGCAAGCGCUGGCAGUGAUAUGCUGAGUAACAACUGCUGUUCUUAUUUUUCCCUUGUUCUACCUGCAGGGAAACCUCAUAUCCCUAAAUUUAUCAGGCUGACAAAGGGAAGCCGCACACAUGUACUUUGCAGUUGAUCAGUAAGUAGAGGCAUCUGAGGAGGCCUCACUACGGGCUUUGGAGAGUCUAAUGACAGAGUUUUUCCACAAUUGCACAACGAAUGAGCGGAAGCGUGAGAUAGAGGAGCUUUUAAAUAACUUUGCCCAGCAGAUAGGAGCCUGGAGAUUCUGCCUCUAUUUCCUGUCAAGUACAAGAAACGACUAUGUCAUGAUGUACAGUUUGACUGUGUUUGAGAACCUGAUCAAUAAGAUGUGGCUUGGGGUCCCAUCUCAAGACAAAAUGGAGAUCCGCAGCUGCCUGCCCAAGCUCCUUCUGGCUCACCAUAAAACUCUGCCUUACUUCAUCAGGAACAAGCUCUGCAAAGUCAUUGUGGAUAUUGGCCGGCAAGACUGGCCAAUGUUCUACCAUGACUUUUUCACUAAUAUCUUGCAGUUAAUUCAGUCUCCCGUGACCACUCCUCUGGGACUGAUAAUGUUGAAAACUACUUCGGAAGAACUGGCAUGUCCAAGGGAAGAUCUUAGCGUGGCCCGGAAAGAAGAGCUCCGCAAGCUGCUCCUAGACCAGGUGCAAACAGUGCUUGGGCUCCUCACAGGUAUUUUGGAGAGCAUCUGGGACAAACACAGUGCUACUGCUGCCACUCCACCACCAUCCCCAACUUCAGGAGAAAGUGGUGACCUGUUGAGUAGCCUGUUGCAGAGUCCCAGUGCAGCCAAACUAUUGAACCAGCCAAUCCCCAUCCUUGAUACAGAAAGUGAAUGCAUAUGUUCCCUGGCGCUGGAGUGCCUGGCACACCUCUUCAGCUGGAUCCCUUUGUCUACUAGCAUCACUCCAUCACUCCUCACCACCAUUUUCCACUUUGCUCGCUUCGGCUGCGACACCCGCGUGCGGAAGAUGUCUUCUGUGAAUGGCAGCAGCCAGAACUCGGUGUUGGGACAGGAGCGUGGCCGCCUUGGCGUCUUGGCUAUGUCUUGCAUCAAUGAACUGAUGUCCAAGAACUGUGUGCCUAUGGAGUUUGAAGAGUAUUUGCUACGGAUGUUCCAGCAGACUUUCUACCUCCUGCAGAAGAUUACCAAGGAGAACAACGCCCAUACGGUGAAGAGCCGGCUAGAGGAACUGGAUGAAAGCUACAUUGAGAAGUUUACGGAUUUUCUCCGUCUCUUUGUGAGUGUCCACCUACGACGAAUUGAAUCCUACUCCCAGUUCCCUGUGGUUGAGUUUCUGGCACUGUUGUUCAAAUACACUUUUCAUCAGCCUACACAUGAAGGUUACUUUUCUUGCUUGGACAUCUGGACACUCUUCUUGGACUACCUGACUAGCAAAAUCAAAAGUCGUCUGGCAGACAAAGAAGCAGUACUCAACAGGUACGAAGAUGCCUUGGUUCUGUUGCUGACAGAGGUGUUGAAUCGAAUCCAGUUCAGGUAUAACCAGGCACAGCUGGAGGAGCUGGAUGACGAGACACUGGAUGAUGAUGUAAGGAGCAGAGUUGAACAAGGACAGCUACAGGUCCAGAUAUUAACUCUUGCACUGCAGCAGACCGAGUGGCAGCGGUACUUGCGCCAGAGCUUGGAAGUGGUUGCAAAAGUCAUGGAGCUCUUGCCAACUCAUGCCUUCUCCACACUAUUUCCAGUUCUGCAGGAUAACUUGGAAGUAUAUCUGGGACUCCAACAGUUUGUGGUCACUUCAGGGACAGGUCACAGGCUGAACAUCACUGCAGAAAAUGAUUGCCGCCGCUUGCACUGCUCCUUAAGGGACCUGAGCUCCUUGCUGCAGGCCGUCGGGCGCUUAGCAGAGUACUUCAUUGGGGAUGUGUUUGCUGCCAGGUUCAAUGAUGCUCUGACAGUGGUGGAGAGGUUGGUAAAAGUAACGCUGUACGGAUCCCAGAUUAAACUGUACAACAUUGAAACCGCAGUACCAUCUGUACUGAAACCUGACCUUAUCGAUGUGCACGCUCAGUCCCUGGCAGCACUGCAGGCCUAUGCACACUGGCUGGCACAGUUCUACAGUGAAGUUCACCGCCAGAACCCGGAGCAGUUCAUCUCGCUCGUCUCCACCACUCUGGAGGCUAUCACACCCCUCAUCAGCUCAAAGGUGCAGGAGAAGUUGCUGCUGUCUGCGUGCCACCUGCUAGUCUCUUUAGCCACCACAGUGCGACCAGUGUUCUUGAUCAGCAUCCCAGCAGUACAGAAGGUGUUCAACAGGAUCACAGACACUUCUGCUCAGCAGCUUCCUGAUAAGGCCCAGGUGCUGGUGUGCAGAGCACUGUCAAACGUCUUGUUGCUGCCCUGGCCAAACCUUCCAGAGAGUGAGCAGCAGUGGGCAGUUCGUUCCACCAACCACGCCAGCCUCAUCUCUGCCCUCACGAGGGAAUACCGUCAGCUCAAAUCCAAUGCCAUCUUGCCACAGAGGAAGGUGCAGCUGGAGGACACCAAAGUGAUCAUCCAUCAGACACUCAGCGUUUUAGAAGAUAUUGUAGAAAGUAUCUCUGGAGAAUCCACCAAGUCUCGACAGAUCUGUUAUCAGUCGCUGCAAGAAUCCGUGCAGGUCUCACUAGCCCUCUUCCCAGCUUUCAUUCAUCAGUCAGAUGUGACAGAUGAGAUGCUGAGCUUCUUCCUCACUCUGUUUCAAGGACUGAGGGUGCAGAUGGGAGUGCCUUUCACUGAGCAGAUCAUACAGACCUUCCUAAACAUGUUCACCAGGGAGCAGUUGGCAGAGAGCAUCCUCCAUGAGGGCAGCACUGGCUGUCGGGUGGUGGAGAAGUUCCUGAAAAUACUGCAAGUGGUGGUACAAGAGCCAGGCCAAGUAUUCAAACCUUUUCUACCCAGUGUCAUCUCACUGUGCAUGGAGCAGGUCUACCCCAUCAUUGCGGAGCGCUCAUCUCCUGAUGUGAAAGCAGAGUUGUUCGAGCUGCUUUUCCGGGUCCUCCACCAUAACUGGCGGUACUUCUUCAAAUCUAGUGUGCUGGCUAGUGUCCAAAGAGGAGUAGCAGAAGAGCAGAUGGAGAACGAAGCACAGUUCAGUGCCAUUAUGCAGGCGUUUGGCCAGUCCUUCCUGCAACCUGACAUUCACCUGUUCAAGCAGAAUCUCUUCUACUUGGAGACGCUGAACACCAAGCAGAAGCUGUAUCACAAGAAGAUCUUCCGGACAACCAUGCUGUUCCAGUUUGUGAACGUGCUACUUCAGGUGCUUGUCCACAAGUCGCAUGACCUGCUCCAGGAGGAGAUUGGCAUUGCCACCUACAAUAUGGCCUCAGUGGACUUUGAUGGCUUCUACUCAGCCUUUCUCCCUGAGUUCCUGGCCAGCUGUGAUGGUGUGGACUCAAACCAGAAAAACGUGCUGGGAAGGAACUUCAAAAUGGACAGGGAUCUGCCAUCGUUUACCCAGAAUGUGCACAGACUGGUGAAUGACCUGCGUUACUACAGACUCUGCAACGACAGUUUGCCCCCUGGAACUGUGAAACUAUAGUUACUGCACUGGACUCGUGUUUUGAUCACUGUAGGGAACAGAUCCAUGUUUCGUUUUGCCACCACCUUCUCUCCUCCCUGGUUUUGUCAGUCCUGCAGGACACCGUGUCUUGCACAUGGGCACAUCUUCUGGGAUUCACGCACCACGCUUCCUUUCUUUUUCCUCCUCUCCCAACCCAAAGGGCCCCUAGCUGGAGUCAGCACCGUCUGCAGGAUGUGUCUUAACGCCCAACCGCCGGGCACCUCAGCUGGAGGAACGUCCUCGCUGGGGUUUUGUUCCACUAACGUAGCACUUUGUUGCGUCCGGAGAUUUCUGUGGAGUUGUCUUGAGAGAUCAUGUACGUAUCAAACGUGAGGCAGAAGCGCCAAAGACUACUUCAGACAUUCGUACCUUCGUGUCAUUCCACCUUCCUGCCCCUGCCCAGCUCUCAGAGGAGGAGUCUCCUGAUGUUGGGACUGUUUUGGCACUUCUGUCACUCCUUGGUUUUUAAAUUGCCUUGAAAACCUCCCGCUGUUUGGGGGGAUUAGAGACUUUUUUUGGGUUUUUUUAAACGUUUUCUCAUCAUUCCAUUGUGAUACUAAAACAACAUGCUUAAUGGAAAUAAAGUGCUUACUUUGUUGUUUUAAA